AUGGGCUCAGUCCAGCAUGGAGAAGAGGCUCUCCUGGGCCCUUUGCCGGCCCAGGGCCUCGACGGACCCCGUGAAGGUGCCAGGGUUGAUCUUGCCCGUGAGCGUGGGCGAGUCAUUUUUAUUAAAUUUGGAUUCAUGGCCCUGCUGUUUGUCUGCGCUCUCUGGGCCAUGGCCAUACUCUAUCUCAGUCUUCCCGGACUAACUGAAGAAGCGCGGGCUGAGCUGGAGUCUGUAAUCCCGACUUCAUUCUCGGAUUUAGGUUGUCUGCGAGACAUUAAAACACUGAGAAAGCUCUGUGCUGCAAUUGGCGUGUACAGGCAGCAGCACCCUGUCGCUCUGGCGUUGUUGCUCUCCUACGUUUAUCUUCUUUACCAGGCAUUCCCCCUCUUUAUGUUCCCCUUUUCUGGCCUUGCGAUGGCUGUCACUCUGCUUUUGGGCGCGCUGUACAGUCCACUAGUGGCCUUUAGUUUGGCUUCUGCGCUGUCCGCUAUAGGGCCGAGCCUGUCAUACUUCCUCUUUAAGGCUGCAGGGAAACCCCUCGUGGUGCGGCUCUUCCCGAACCAGCUGCACCGCAUGCGUCAACUGAUACAUCCCGGGGAAAGCAGCAGUGCCUGUGGCAGUGGCUGCAGCGACGUGACCAGCAGCAGCAGCAACGCUUCCAACGACAAGAGCAGCAGCGCCGCGGUACAGUUGAAGCAGAAGACACAGACAAGUGCAGAGCUACAAGGACAGCAUCAGCAGCAACGGGAACAGCGGCAGCAGCAUCUCCAACCGCGGCAACACCGACCGCGGGGUGCGUGGGAUACGGAGCUGGAUCUGAUGCUGACUGUUCUAUUCCUCAGAGUAUCUCCGUUCCCCAAUCUCGUCAUCAAUGCUGCUUCGCCUGUACUUGACGUUCCAUUCGGGGCCUUUUUCGUUGCGACAUGGCUGGUCUCAAUGGGCUCCGCGUUGGGAAGCCUUGACUCCCUUAGCUCGGGCUGGAGGCCACUGGCGGUGUUUGUUUUUGGGGCGUUUGCUGUUGUGCUGCUGAAGACAGCUCUGCGGAAGCUGAGGCCUUCUCACUUGGCCGAGCAGGACGCGCCCACUGUCUCCUAA